GGAAGUUAUGUGGCCAGUCUAUGAUGUCAUCAACAGUUGACACUCAAAACAGAUUGACAUAUAUCCCACAACACGUAAAGGCACCGCGGAGACCAGCGUUCAGACAGAUGUUUCAAGUUUCCACUGAACGUCUUGGUCUUCUUUUGUGUAUUGGAUUUUGGAUGCUUCUUCUGGCUAUGGAGAAGAUAGCCUCCCUCCACGUAGGACUAAGAUGAUUUUUACAUCACAAGCGGUGAAGUCUUCCAAGCAAAGAUGCUCCAGAGACGACCACCGUAAUCAAAGAUGGCGAUGAUGAUGAUGAUGAUAAGGAGGAGGUCCUUAGGUCACAUGAAAGGAGAUGUGAUGUGCACCAUGCUGCUGCUGGUGCUCUUUUGUUUGCUGUUCUACGUGCGACAGGUCAUUCUGUCCUCUGGCUGGGACACCCCUGCAUGGAAGCUGGAGAUCCAACGUCCCACUAAAUCUAGUCGGACCUUGCUGGGAACCAACAAGGCCAGAGUGGGCCAGGAGUCUCCAGGGUCCCCAGUCAGUCCCACUGAGCCUCAGCGCCGUCACUCAGAGUCCAAGUCCAAACAUCCCCAGGCCAAACCCAAAGCCGAGUCUAAACCUAAAAGAAAAUCCAAGUUACGACAGAAGACAACGAAGCCCACCAAGACGACUCGUGUUCCUCCGCCCACGAUGCCGCCAUUUGACUUUGAGGGCUACCUGAGAGAGAAGGACAAACGCAACUUCAAGCUUCUUAUCGACCAACCAGAGAAAUGUCACCCGGGGGCGUCAUUGACUGACCUCUACAUGCUCAUCGCGGUGAAAUCUGUCGCUGCGGAUUUUGAUAAACGGCAGGUGGUGCGGAGGACGUGGGGUCGAGAAGACGGGUCCAUCCGUACGGUUUUUCUUCUAGGGGUCCCCAGGAAUCGCACCGCUUUACCUCUAUGGGAUCAGCUUCUGACCUAUGAGAGUCAAAUCUUCAAGGACAUCCUUCUAUGGGACUUUGAGGACACCUUCUUCAACCUGACGUUGAAGGAAACACACUUUCUGGAAUGGGUCAACAGAACCUGUUCUCAUGUCAGGUUUAUCUUCAAGGGGGACGCUGAUGUUUAUGUGAAUAUCGAGAACAUCCUGGAGCUGCUUCAAGGUCAAAAAUCAAACCGGGAUCUUUUUAUUGGCGAUAUUAUCGUCAACGCUAAACCAAUUCGCCGCCGUACUUCGAAGUACUUUGUGCCGGAGUUUGUUUAUGGAGCUGCUUUGUACCCGUCCUACGCCGGCGGAGGGGGUUUUGUUAUGUCCGGGUACACGGCACGCCGACUCAGCUCCGCAUGUCAGCAGGUGGAACUGUUCCCCAUCGACGACGUGUUUUUGGGAAUGUGCCUCCAGCUGAUCGGCAUCAAACCAUCACGCCACCAGGGUUUCCGUACAUUCGGGAUUCCCCGUCCGUCGGCGGCACCCCAUCUCCAAACGUUCGACCCGUGUUUCUACAGGGAACUCAUGGUGGUCCACAGCCUCAGCGUACCCCAAAUAUGGCUCAUGUGGAACCUGCUGCACGACCCUAAACUCAACUGCCACAACAGGACCAGACCGACAUCCGGACCCUUCAGGUGGAGGAUAGGAGAAAGGGGAACGGACUAUGGCGUGGGACGGGUGUUUGUCCCGCGUGAUUAACUGGCUGAUGCUAUUUGGUCACAUGACUCCCCCGGCUCAUAUCAAGUGGAAAAAAAGUUUUAAAGGCAUUAAAGAAAGAUUUGCCGCCAGAUCCUGCUGUUGAUGCAACAAUGUGACAUCACCGUGGGGCUUACUAGUCAUGUGGUCGACAUAAAACACUGAAUGCUUUCAAUGUGACGUAAAGUUUACGACUAAACAAGCCUUGAUAAAAUGGAUACCUUGUGGUUUUGAU